UCUGUGUCAUCAUCGAGCUCCACGCAAAGUAAAUGGCCAUGGCUCUGCUCACACCACAGGCUUCAUCUUCGUCUCUCUCUUCUUCUGCUUCGUCUCUGUUUCUGGGUUAUCAUGAAGGAUUCGCUUUGAAGCACCUCCAUUUGAAACCUCGAAAUCGUGAUUUCAGAUUCAGACCCAAGAAGUCCUAUUCAGGUUGCAGAGCAUCAUGGCAAGAGCUCGCUGGAGUUCUCAUCUUCUCUGCGAUUCCUUUCACUGCCGUGAAAGCCAUAGCUAACAGUUCCAUAGGAGCAACGCUUCAGAGGCGAAUGGAAGAGACGAAGAAGGCUUCAAUUGAGCGUUCCUCGAAUUUCAAGGCUUUAUCCAAGAAAGCGAGAGAGGAGAGUUUUUGGUAUGGAGAAGAACGUCCUCGCUGGCUUGGUCCAAUCAAGUAUGACUACCCAUCAUAUCUCACAGGAGAACUACCUGGUGAUUAUGGUUUUGACAUUGUGGGCCUGAGCAAGGAUCCCGUUUCUUUUCAGAAAUACUUCAACUUUGAAAUACUGCAUGCUCGAUGGGCUAUGCUUGCAGCUCUUGGUGCUCUGAUUCCCGAAUUGUUGGACCUGUCAGGCACUGUUCACUUUGUUGAGCCUGUAUGGUGGCGUGUUGGCUAUGCAAAACUCAAGGGGGAUACUCUUGACUACCUCGGCAUCCCGGGGCUUCACAUUGCUGGAAGCCAAGGAGUGAUCGUUAUAGCUAUAUGCCAAGCCCUUCUCAUGGUGGGACCUGAGUAUGCAAGAUAUUGCGGUAUUGAAGCCCUUGAGCCUCUAGGAAUAUACUUGCCAGGGGACAUCAAUUAUCCUGGAGGUACACUUUUUGACCCUUUGGGCCUAUCCAAGGACCCAGUGGCUUUUGAAGAACUGAAGGUGAAAGAGAUAAAAAAUGGGCGUUUAGCCAUGGUUGCCUGGUUAGGUUUCUAUCUCCAAGCAGCUCUAACUGGUAAAGGUCCUCUACAAAAUCUUCUUGAACACAUCUCAGAUCCCCUCCAUAACAAUAUACUUUCCUUUCUUACGUCCAUGUAAAGUUCUCAUUUUUUAUUUUUAAGAGUGUAAAGAAAUCACGUCAUCAUUAUAUAUAUAUAUAUAUUCACUGGA